AUGGCGUUAUCUUCCCGCGAAGACAUCGAGUUUAAGACCCUCAGCGGUGUCACAUUGCGUGGGUGGCUGUACCCUGCCGAUAAGCGCGGGCCGGGAAUUAUUCUUUCUGCAGGAUUCAACAUGCCCAAAGACGUAGUCUUACCAGAAAUCGCCGAGUGGUAUCGCAAACGUGGCUUUACGGCACUCAUCUUCGACACAUACGGCAUCGGCGCCAGCGACGGUGAGCCCAGAUGUGAUACAGACAUGCAUAGGCGGGUUGAGGACUUCAUCGAUUCCGUCACUUGGCUUUCUCAGAACCCCCUAGUAGACCCGGAGAAGAUUGUGCUCUGGGGUCUCUGCUUUGACGGCAACAUCAUGCUCGCCACGGCAGCUUCAGACCGCCGGGUAGCCGGCGUCGUGGCUGUGGCGCCCAUGAUUGACGUGACCGGCGACCCCGAGCGCCGUGAGGCCGUCCUCGAGCUUGCCCUAGCAGACCGAGCCGGACAGCUCGCUGGCGAGGAGCCCAUGUACCUGCCUCUGGUCGACGAGGACGGCGUCAUGCCUCUCGGCCAGGUGUCGGGCCUCGGCUUCUUCUCCGCCAUGGAGGACAUGAACCUGCCCGUCGAGAACCGCGUCACCGUCCAGAGCUACAUGAGGGCCCUCGGCUGGAGCAUCUUGCAUUUACUGCCCAAAAUUAGCCCCACGCCCGUCAUCAUGGUAACACCUGAGCUGGACCAGGUGUUCCCCGCGGAGAGGCAAAAGGCCGCAUUUGACAUGUUGGGAGAGCCUAAGGAACAUUGCGUUAUUGCUGGAAGGAAUCACUUUGACUGGAUGUUUGGGGACAUGGAUGGCGUUUUCAACAAGCAGCUCGACUUUUUGCAGAAGUACUUGAAGGCUUAA